AUGUCGAGGUUCGUGGUGAUUAACGAGGCCGGGCGAAGAGGCGAGUCCGCACAGCCCGAGAGUACGGCGAUCAACCAUCCAGGUGAAAAAGCUGGCGAGCCACGCCAUACUCCUUGCGCUACGUGCGUCCGGCGCCUUACGUCCGACCCAAAGAGCCAGGAUCAACCAUGUUACAGCCACACCGGUCGCAAUGCAACAAAGUGCUUUCAGUGCUCGUCAAAGAAGUCACCAUGCCGCGAGCUACCAUCCGACGCUGUUGCGUUCGGCCGAGAAUUUCAAAAGGCCACUAUAAAGCGCUAUCAAGGACAGGUGGUGAAUGACUGGAAAAAUCUGGGAGAAAAGACACUGGGAGCCAUCUACAUGGCCAAACAACAGCAAAGGCAACGUGUACGACAGGGACUCGCUGGAAUUGCCCCUAUCACGGGGCCUGAAAGUCGGAUAGAAGAUGACACGUCGGAACAUGGUCAGUCGCAGGUGGACUCGGAGGAGUGCAUGCCUUCGGUCCACGAACAACUCCAGCAACCACAGCCACCGCGCCAGGAGGAGCCUGCACAGUUGAAUAGCAAAUUCCAGCCACCGAUUCAGGAUAUGGCAUCCCGACAAGAUCUGCAGGAUCUGAGGGCUCAGAUUCUUCACGAUGUGCAGCAGACGCUCGGGGAAAGUCGCCAAAGCCAAAGCCAACGCCAAGACGAAAGCCGAGAUCAGGAUUUUGCGCCCCCUACGCUGCCUGCGGGGGAGCGGCCGACUGAGCGGAACAGCUUGCACGAGACUGUUCGGGACAUUAUUGACUCCGCUCAGCGCAGCCGCGAGGGGGUUGCAACUAUUGUCAUCCACUUUCAUUAG